CCUUCAUACCAGACGAAGGGGCGGAAACGACACAUUUCGCCGCGGAGAAGGUAGCGGAUUUGUGUUUCGGCAACAAAUCGACACAAACGUUAUUACCGUAAAGCUUCGAUAGCCGUAGCUGUUUUAUUUCGGCUCGGACGGAAGUUUUAAAACAAACCGAUUACACUGUAAGUCAUCGGAACCUGCGGGUCCCCAGGUCUACCUGAUGAGUAUGAGCCUGACUACAGAACCCUCUAACGAUGGUCCCACUGUUACAGAAGAGAGCAAAAUGACGUCCGCCGAGAAGAAGGACAAGAAGGCAGACGAUGUGGCCGAGGAAGAAGAGGAGGAGGAAGAAUAUGUGGUGGAAAAAGUCCUGAAUCGACGGGUGGUGAAAGGCAGAGUAGAGUACCUUCUUAAGUGGAAAGGCUUCUCUGAUGAAGAUAACACGUGGGAGCCAGAAGAAAACCUGGACUGUCCAGAUUUGAUUGCAGAAUUUCUGCAGUCCCAGAAAUCAGCGCACGAUGGAAAGAGGAAGGCGGCUGGAGAAACGGAAGGAGACGACAGCAAAUCAAAGAAGAAGAAAGAUGAUACAGAGAAGCUAAGGGGCUUUGCUCGAGGUCUGGAUCCAGAAAGAAUUAUUGGUGCGACCGAUUCCACAGGAGAACUCAUGUUCCUCAUGAAAUGGAAAAAUUCAGAUGAAGCGGACCUGGUGCCGGCCAAAGAGGCCAACGUCAAGUGUCCGCAGGUGGUCAUCUCUUUCUACGAAGAACGGCUCACCUGGCACUCGUACCCCUCCGAAGACGAGAAAAAGGAUGACAAAAACUAGCACAUGGUGAAGGGGCAGGGGAUUUAGUGUACUUUCCACGAGGGGUGGGGGGUGGGGAAGGAGGAAGGGGACAGGCCAGAGACAAGCAAGACAUCCCGGACUCAUUGGUCUUUCUGGCGUAGUGUCACUCAUUCGAUCCCACUUUUUUCCAGAUCACAUCUCUGUGUAAAUAUCCUUCAGAUUUGCUUGACAAAAACCAGCUCAAAGGAAAUGUAAACCGAAGCAGCGUUAAUUUUCCCCAUCACCAGGCUUUCACCAUCCCUUCCACAUCUGGCUCAUCUUGCUAUGACAUCGUAUCAGUGAGGUGAUGUUCUCAUUUCUUUAGCGUGCCCUCGUUUUUACUCGGUUCAUCGGUGCUCUCCAGGACAAUAACUGUGUUCAUCUUAGCUGUUUCCUUAGCACCCAUUUGAUGUACGCUUUUGAAAGACUUCUGUAAUAAUUUGUUCUUUGGUAAUCUUUGUAGUGUUUGUCACGUCUUGCUUGUCGCUUUUGGAGAAUAAACCACUUUUUGUUA